ACACUCCUUCAUUCAAAAUUACAUUGUUAGCUUUUGUUUAACUCAAUUCAAUUCAAUAUUUGAAUAUGGCAGAGAGAAAUGUUGCUGCUAAUUCUUCUCUUGAGAAAACUAGUUUGGCUUAUCUAGAUCAGAGGAUGGCCAUGGCCAAACGCUGUUCUCAUCAAGGUGUGAUGGCUGGAGCUAAGGCAGCUGUUGUUGCUACUAUUGCCACUGCCAUUCCAACUCUGGCUAGUGUUAGAAUGUUACCUUGGGCAAGAGCAAACCUUAAUCACACUGCACAAGCUCUCAUUAUUUCAACAGUUGCUGGAGCAGCAUAUUUCAUAGUAGCUGACAAGACCAUCUUGGCAACUGCAAGAAAAAACUCCUUCAACCGACCCUCCAAUGCAUGAAUUCGGAUGUGCAUCCGGCUAGUUUAAAUUUCUUACGAAAUAAAAUUAAGCUAGCUUCUUUUUGUACUCAUCAUAUAUGUACUUGUAAAUAAAGAAUAUUUUGGAUCUCAAUAGUGACAGAGCUUUCAUUUCAUGUACUA